UGACAAACCGGCCUCUAUCUUUUUGGAAGAGAUACCGGCGAUAAUGCCCCCCCUCCUAGGAGGGAAAAGUGCCUGUCUAGAAGCAGCCCUAGAAGACGACGAUAAAAUUCUACAUCGCUUGGAUUAUCCCCAAAAACAACGGGAGUUCUGGGCAUACCUGGUCUCCUUCAAAAACGACAUUGAAGCAACAGUGGCAUUUCACCUCCGCGCAAAAUACUGCCAGGUCGCCGAUGAAGCCGACUGGAUGUGUGGCAGCUACAACGUGUGCAUUCCAGUCGCGGUGAACCCACCAUCGGAGCGUCGUGUCCUGCUUCGUAUCCCUCUUCCUUACAAGAUCGGCGAAGACAACUGUCCUGGAAAUGCGGACGAGAAAUUGCGAUGCGAAGUAGCGACCUACAUUUGGAUCCACGAGAAUUGCCCGACUGUUCCUAUCCCUACGCUUUAUGGGUUUGCGUUUCCUGAUGGAAAGACUUUUGUUCAAGUAUUUUGCGUAUCUCUCUUCUCGCGACUCCGUUGGCACAUAACGCAGACGCUGCGUUCCUGGAUUGGCUUUCCAAAAAUAUGCCCUUACAUUAGCCAGAAGCGCUCGACCCCUUUGAAAACAGGCUACAUGAUCAUCAGUCUCGAAACUACACGAAGACAGAAUCUCUUCAAUGACCUUGCGAAAAUCAUCCUAUUGUUAAGCCACAUUCGUCUGCCCCGAAUUGGGUCCUUGACCAUAGACAACGAUGGACUUAUCAGUUUGACAAAACGGCCCCUAACGCUCCGUCUCCAAAGCCUGGAAAAUGAGGGUAUUCCAACAAUCCCAAGAGACUUGACCUAUCCAUCAGUGGAGCCGUAUCUGCUGGAUCUGUUACAAUGUCACGAUAACCGUAUAUACCAUCAGCUAAACGCCAUCCAUGAUCUACAUGAUGGGCAGGAGCAACUGGCUGCUUUGACUAUGAUGCGUGGCCUUCUCCACCAGUUUAUAUCUCUCGAGUACCCAAUAAUCCUUGUCGACGAAGACUGGCAUAUCACAUCACUUAUUGACUUGGAAUGGGCUUGCGCUUUCCCUAUUGAAAUGCAAACCCCGCCUUAUUGGCUGACCGGACGACCUGUGGAUGAUAUCGAGCAUGGAGCAAACCUUGAAACCUAUGACAAGAUCGUCAAUGAAUAUAUGGAUGCUUUUGACAAAGAAGGAAGCUUUUGGUAUUUUCAAGCGCUACAUAGCCCUAAAGGCCUUCUCCGCGUGUUCAAUGAACACGUUCAACGCAAGUAUUGUGAGGAACACUGCACCCAGCGUGUGUUUGAUCGGACGGUCAGUCCAUACUGGUGCCGAGGGGCAGAGGAGUUGAUUCGGAAAAAGAUGGAAGAAGAGGCUGUUUACAAGAAUCGAUUGAGAGAGCGGUUCAUGUCUGACGAUGGGCAGGGUUGA